GCGUGAAGCCCAGGGAAGAGGCCCUGUCUAAGCGGCUAGACAGAGCUGAGGGCACAGGACGCGGCCACAGCCCGGCCUGCUCUGCUGCAGCCAGGAUGGAGCUGAGGGUGGCUCAGACAGGCUUCGUGGUCCUGGUGCUGCUCCAGAACUAUUCUGCGUAUAAACUGGUCUGCUACUACACCAGCUGGUCCCAGUACCGGGACAGUUUUGGGAGCUGCUACCCAGAUGCCAUCGACCCCUUCCUCUGCACCCACGUCAUCUACAGCUUCGCCAACAUAAGCAACAACGAGAUAGACACCUGGGAGUGGAAUGAUGUCACCCUCUAUAACACACUGAACAUGCUCAAGAACAGGAACCCCAACCUGAAGACCCUCCUCUCUGUUGGAGGAUGGAACUUCGGUUCUCACAGAUUUUCCAAAAUAGCCUCCAAGACCCGGAGUAGCAGGACUUUCAUCAAGUCGGUGCUACCGUUUCUGCGAACCCACGGCUUCGACGGGCUCGACUUGGCCUGGCUCUACCCUGACUGGAGAGACAAGCGCUACUUCACCAGGCUGGUCAAGAAAAUGAAGGCUGAGUUUGCGAGGGAAGCCCAGGAGGGAACAAGACAGCAACUGCUUCUCAGCGCAGCAGUGUCCGCAGGGAAGGUGAUCAUCGACAGUGGCUACGACAUUGCCCAGAUAUCCCAACACCUGGACUUCAUCAGCCUCAUGAGCUAUGACUUUCACGGAGCCUGGCGUCAGACCACAGGACAUCACAGCCCCCUGUUCCGAGGCCAGGAGGAUGCGAGUUCUGACAGAUUCAACAACGCCGACUAUGCCGUGAGCUAUAUGUUGAGGCUGGGAGCCCCAGCCGAUAAACUGGUGAUGGGCAUCCCUGCCUUUGGGAGGAGCUUCACUCUGGCCUCCUCCAAGACCGGUGUGGGAGCCCCGAUCUCAGGGCCCGGAUUACCAGGCCAGUUCACCAAGGAGGAAGGGAUCCUGGCCUACUAUGAGAUCUGUGACUUCCUCCACUUCGCCACGGUCCAUAGACUCACUGGCCAGCAGGUCCCCUAUGCCACCAAGGGCAACCAGUGGGUGGGGUAUGACGACAAGGAGAGCGUCAGAAACAAGGUGCAGUACCUGAAAAACAAGCAGCUGGCCGGCGCCAUGGUGUGGGCUCUGGACUUGGAUGACUUCCGGGGUGCCUUCUGCAGCGGGGGUGUGCGCUUCCCUCUCACCACUGCCAUCAAGGAGGCGCUCGGCGCGGCUUAGCCCCUGUCCUGCACGCGGUGGGGCGAGGGGCAUCCCUGCUGGCCCGGAGCCUCAUCGCCCACCUUGCUGAGUCCCCGCCUGAGCCUCAGUCUCCCUCUCUUGGACCCCACGCGGAGGGCCACAGGGGAGCCGUCUGAGCUCAGCUCUAGUGGACCAGCGGGUAGAAGUAGGGCCGUGGGCAGCUAAGUCCUGGGGGCCAGCACGGUGGAAGCCCCGGGGUUAGCACACCGCUGCUGAUUCGUGAAAAUGCUCAAUGGCCCCAGCCCCACACAAGGAGAUUUCUUGGACUCCCUUACCCCCAGGCCUCCUUGCCGAAGGGCACCAUUUGGCCCGUGCAAGCAACACAUCUCUCACGAAGCAGAGCCACACUAAUUACCCCUUCUGCAAGCCCAGCUUGAAAGCUGCACUAAGGAACAUGAUCACGUCUCCCCUCCCACUUCCCUUCCCUAAUUCUGCAGCUGCUGCUCAAUAAAG